AUGUUCCAACUGAUUAAUGACUACUUCAAGAAGAGUGCAGCUACGAGUGAUUUCUUUACUGCUCUCGUGCUGAGUCUUAAGAAAGCUCGCGAUUUUGUUGAACUCGCUGUCAAAAGUUUUGAAGCCGCCGACGAGAACGACCAACCUCCGGAAGUGAAGAAGAAGAUGAGAUACGCGAAAACUCUAGAUGAGUUGAGGCAUUAUUUUUCCGUCGGCGGCACCGGUGAGUUUGAAUCGGUAUAUCAGGAGCAAUUGUUAAUGCUCGGGGACGCUUUCGUAGUUGCCUUUAAAGCAUCACCUCGUGUAGCGGUGGCAAUGGCGGUUGCCUCUUCGAUUCUCCUGGGAUCCAUUGGAGAGUGGGUUGAUUCUAUGUUAAAGGACUAUGAGAACGCCCUUAAAGCUGAGAUGAAACUAAUUAGUAUUAUGCUUGAUUUGACUUCUGUUGUGGGUACACAUUUGGAUAGCAUUAUAAUUUCAGUGAAACAAUUGGAAGAUAAUAGAAGAUCGUUGCUUGAUUAUGCCGAAAUUGUGUUCGAAGAUAAAUAUCCCGUGAGGCUCGGUACUGAGGAGAUGAGGAAGAAGAUGACAAAGUUUAUGAAAAUCAUUGAGGAUUUGAUGCAGCAGGCUGACCGGGGUAGCAUGGACAUAAGGAGGGCAAAGAGUGUGGUUUUGAAUCAAAUUAUUCAACUGCCUAAAUGA